UCAGUCAGUCUCCUUGGGCUGGUGCAACUGUGAAAAUGUGCGCAGCGUGUCGGUUGUGAAAGCCUUGAUUAUUUCCAUAUAUAUUUUAUUUUUCGUUUCACAUUUCACUUAAUUUGUUUGCGCGUUCGUCGCUCGUUCUUCGUUCGUCUGGUGUGAAUAAUAAACUCGUAGAUACUUUGUGUGACGCAGCAGCCCAAUCAAAGUGGAAUUACUUAAACGGCAUUAAUUGUGCGUGGGCUAAAACCCCACUGAAUUGUCUUAAAAAAUACUCGUUAGAUUGGCCAUCUUAAGUGCAUCAGUAGCCAAUAGUGUGUGUGCUUUGUUAGUGUUCGAUACGAACAAAGGAACUAAAGUUCUCUUUGCCAGCGAAUUUUUGGGAUUAUCUAAUACGCAAUCCGUUUGGAGAGAAAACUUACGCGUCAAGCAUAACAACAUUUAUAAAUAGCGGAAAACUACGAAGAAAUCAAAAUGAAUAGUGCAGCAUAGAAAACAAAACCGAUGGAAAUCCAAACAAAAUGUGCAACCAAUCAAUGGAGUUGAACCCCUUAAAAAAAAGAGCCAAUAACUAAAAAUAAAGAAAAGUAAAGCAAAGCCAAAAAGAGACUCUGCCAAGAACUUGGCAACAUCGCAGCGUUGGUCCGAAGAGGACUGGCCAAAAAUAAACCGGCAGCAACAUUCGCUUGCAACUAGAUGUUGUUGCUGUUGCUCGCCUUCAUCAUGCGAUUCGUAGACAUUUCCAAACGCUGUGCCGCCUGCUCGAGGGCCGGAAUCGAUUGCCCGCACAACGGCAACAGCAACACCAAUCCGCGCGGUGAUGCCAACGGCAACACUGCCUGCUGGCAACAUGUUGCCGGUGCCACCAGCAACAGCAGCAGCACCAGCAGCGGCUGCGACAGCAACAGCUCCUCCAAGGAGAAUUACUAUGUGCCACAGCACCAACAUCGUCAGAGGGCAAAGCCCACCAGCAACAAUGGGGUGACCCCGCAGCAACUGGAGCAAAUACGCUUCUACCAGCGCAUGCAACAGCAGCAAUUGCAACUGUUGCAGCAGCAAUUGCUGCAGCGGCGACGCCUGCAACAGCAAUUGUUGGAGCAGGGCGUGCCAUCACCUCCGGCGACAACCACUACAUCAGCGGGUCUCACCUGCAAUCAACAGUAUUUGCGACAGCAACGACUGCAGCAGCAACCGCAGCAGCAACAGCAGCGAUACGUGGACCACAACAGCAACAAUGACAAUGACUAUCUGAACAAUUAUCUGAACAACAAAAUUAACCAUCAAAACAAUGACAAAGUUGUGGGUCAAGGAACAAAACUUCGACGUGGCAUGACAGAAUUCUCAACAAACAACGAUCACGGCAAACCGCAUUUCACCGCAUCUCAGCAGAAACCGCUUCAGAACUCACCCAUCCACCAGCAAGCAUUCACCCCAUCCAAUCCCAACUCUCACCCACAUUUGCUUCAACGCUUGGCCCAACAGCAGCAGCAUCAGCAGCAAAAUCAUCAACGCCCCCAUAAAUUUCAGCAGACCCUGCCCUUCAGCCAGCUAAACAACGGCAACAACACGGCUGCCCACAUUCUGCCCGGAUCAUCGCCACAUUCCCCGCUCAGCUACCGGAAUCCGCUGAACAGUCCCAGCAAUUCGCCAUUCAGCAACACGGCGCAGUCGACGAUUGGGAAGCGGUACCAGCAGCAACAGCUGACCGAUCGCCUGUUGCAGCAGCAGCAUUUGCAACAGUGCCAGCAGCAGCAACUGCAAUCGCUGGGCAGCGAUGUGGAGGAGGAUGCCGCCGGCGAGGAACUGAGCGAGGAAAGUCUCAAGCAGAAUGUGGCCAUUGUGCUGAGCAACUUGGAUCGGUAUAACAACGCGUUGCGCAGUAUUAUCCUGAAUGAGCAGGUGAGCAGCAGCUUCAUCACUCCCAGCGACAGUCUACUGUUUGGCGAGGAUUCGGGCGGUCUGCUCUAUUGCGACAACGACAAUUCCAGGAAGCAGCAGGGCAACAAUAACUUUGUCCUGGGCAAGAUGGCGGCCACACCGGAGUCGGAUUACAACAGCAAUGCCACCACGCCAGGAGGUCGCAGCAACGAGCAACAGUUGCAGCAGCAACAACUGCAGCAGCAGCAACUUGGGGUAGGUGGGAUGCUUUGUGGUGGUGGCGGGAUGCGGGAAACUACUAAUGGCGGUGGCAACAAUCUCAACUGCUCGUUGGCCUCGUCACACGACUUUACUCACGACAAUUCCGAUUACCAGUGGUUCCUGGACUACGGCUAUCGAGAUGGUUGCGGCGGUAUGCAACGCAGCGUAUUGAGUUCCCUUUCGGCCUCGUACAAUGCAAUGGGCGAUCUCUACUACUACGAGGAUCUUGCCAAGAAUCUGGAUGCCAAUCUGGCCGAGGUGGAUAUGGAGAGUUUUCGGGCCGAGGAUAUACAUUCCUUGCUCUCGCAACUGCCCGCCUAUUGUAAGAGUUUGGGCGGAGCCAACAGUCGCCUGCAGCAAUCGUUGCUCCUUCAGCAGCAGCAACAGCAACAACAGCUACAACAGCAACAGUUGCUGCACCACAGCAACAUGUUGCCGCACAACAUGUCCCAGACGUCGACCACCUCCACCAACGAUCUGAUCGACAACUCCUUCUGCAAGUCGGAGCUGCUCUUUUCGCCGGUGAGGGAGUCGCACAUCUCCGUAGACUCACUGGACAUGGACGCUUAUCCAGAUGACGGGGAGAUCAUCCUGACCUGCAACAAGGACAACUACACAAUCGCCUUCGAGGGCAGUGUGCUUUACUCGGACGAUAGUUUCUAUGCGGAACCUAGUGACCUUGCCGCCAGGAACAAACAGAACUGCAUCAACUUGCACAGCAAUCUGGAGGACAUAGUAAAGCGCAACAAGGCCCUGGAGGUAUCCAUGUCGCGAUCGGCCCAGGCCUUCCAGCCCUUGUGUCCCAUGUCGCCCAAGGGACAGGCGGCCACAGCGGCAGCAGCCAAGUUACAGAGACGCUCGUUAUUCCUUGUUUCGCCCGCCCGCAGGUAUCCCUCUGGGAAUAAUAACACGGAGACCAUUACCAUAACCAGACACCUACCACAGUGUUCCGUGAGGAAGAGCAGCAGUCUGCCCAAUCUGCAGAGCGAGGAAUCCAUGACGGGCAGUUGCUUGAAGGAGCAGCGACAGGGAGAGAGUGGCCAACAGGCGGUUCCGCUGAACGUCUCCCAGGCGAUCAGCACUUCGACCAUGGAGUCGUGCAAGUCGAGGUCCAGAAAUCUUUUGCCCAUGUGCCAGAUGCCCAUAUCCAUCAGCGUGUCCGUUUCGGAGCGGCUGCAGCAACAGGCGGAUCAGCAAGUGCCCAUUCAGCAGAUCACACCCACAUCUCAGCAGCCACAGCAGCAGCAUCACAACUCGCAUCACCAUCGCCACAAGCAUCGCUGCAGUUGCUCGCAGGAGAGUCAGAAUUUCCACAUUUCCGGCUCGGCCUCCUCGGGCAACUCGUCCAAUCCGCCGGCCUUUAAUCUAGUCAAGUUGUUUAUCAAGCAGAAGAGCACCAACAGCAGUGGCGGUCAGGAGGAUUUGGGGGCUCAGGCGAGUGCGCAUACCUGCAUGGAUGUGUCGUCCGGUUGCUGGCCCUCCAGUGAUGCGGCCAGCUCGAGCAGCGGAUCAAUGGAGCAGCGUCUGCGUAAGAAGAGUAUGAACGACUCCGGCAAGGGAUCAGCAGUGAGUCGCCAUGACGAAGAGGAGCACUUCCCGGAGACGGAGACACCCAGGCGUCAGCUGAGAGCCCGAUCCGAGGCAGUAUUCUACGAUGACGUGGGCACCUCCAGUUCGACGGGCUCGUUGACUGCGACCAAUUCACCAGCACAUCGUCGUCGUAGUAUGCCGCUAAGAAAUCCCCAACUGUACCAACUGGCAGCUCAGGUUUCCACUGGCAGCCAGAUGUCCUCGGAGGCGAGUUCGGAGCAGCUGACACAAGUGCCCAGGCGAGCGGAAGCGGGAUGCGGGACCAGCACUCGUCCACUGUCGUGUGCCUCCAGCUCCGAGAUGAUCACACGCUCCAUGCAGACCUCCUGCGGAUCUCUGAGCACCACCAGGAGCAGUCUGAGCGAUCGGUAUCGCUGUGUACCGCCCUCGUUCCUCGAAAAACUUAACAACCUUGGCGAGCAGCGGCAGGCGCCUAUUUACGUUAUCUAUCCGAAUUAUGCCCUGCCCGACUUGGGAUUCGUGAAGACCAAUGCCAGCACAGACGUGAUCUUUUCACCCUUCAACUACAAGAUGACGCUGGAUGGGGCAGCUGGGAGUACCAGUAGCUCGGGAUCUCUAAAGAAGCAACGCAGCAACAGCCAGAGCGUGAGCGAAGAUGAGAUCCUCAAGACGCUGGACUACAAGCACAUAGCCGACUGGCAGUCGCUGGCCACUUUGCUGCCGACGGAGUACCGCCGUCGGUUGCAGCACAUUCCGGAGGUGAAGCAUCUGGUCAGGCAGCUGGAUGCGGAGCUAUCGCAACGUCCGCUCUUCUGUAUGUCCCCACCGCUUCGCCGGAAUCGCACGCACAUCUGUGACUGUGCCAAAUUCUUCCAGGGGCAGCAGACCCAAAUGGACGAGGCCUCCAGCUCGGGAUCGAGUCAGCAGCCCAGCUCUGGCUAUCGUGGCUCAUCCACGCUGCUCACCGACUCCGAGUUGGAUGUGGAUCCGCUCAAGCAGAUGUAUGUGUACCAGUACGAUCAGCAGCGCAUGGAUUCUGGCGUGGAAACGAGUCCUGGUAGUCAGUUAACUCAAACCCCGCCGCAGCCCAUGCCUAGAAGUAUCCUGCGCAAGGCUCACUCCGCGCAGCCGCGCUCCAAGCGUAAUUCCAUGAUCGAGGCACAGCAGACGCAGAAGCUCACCAAGCUGGAAAAGCGCCGCAGUUUGCAGGAGCCACCGCACAACUACGGAUUGGGCUCCAACGACGAACUGGCGGAUGUGUUUGAGGAGGAGGAGCACAGCCAGCAGGCGCAGCCGGUGAAGCAGAGGCUCUCACGCAAGGAUCUGGAUGCCAGGGCUCGGGCUGAGAACUUCCUGGCCUCGUUGCCGCGCUCCGAGCUCAAAUACUACGCCGAGAUCGCGUCCAUCCUAGAGUCUUCCGGCGAGCAGGUGACCUACGAUGCCGCCGCCCUCAAGAAGGAAGUGAGCCGAGUGCUUAGCCAGCAGAAGAAGGUGUCCUUUAAUGACGAGGGCGUGGCGGCUGGACUGCAGCAGCAUGCCAAACGUUUUGCCACGCCUCCCAAUUCCCCCAACAUCUCCGUAGCCCUGAAACGCGAAACAGUGGACGUGCUGGAGCAGCGCAAGAUCGAGAGCAAUCGCUUCAAGCGCCUGCAGAUCCAAUGGGAGCUUAUGAGCAAGGACUCGAGUAUGCUGAAGGAACUGGCCAGUGAGGCGGCCACCAAGAGCGGUGGCUCCACUCCCACCUCGGUCAACUCGACGGGUUCCAACUCGGCGCCAAGGUCAAGGAUUCCACGGCCAGUGAGCUACCCAGCGGGCAGACUAACCAGUGCCCAGGAAGCAGCCAGCGGAUCUAAGGUCGGCACUCGAUCGCCUAGUAGAAUGAUCCAGCCGAAGCGUUACAGCCUGGCCGGCGCGACCACGCCCACUUCCGCAACACCCGCUUCGGCAAGGGCGCGUACACCCACCAACCGAGUGGCGGUGACGGCGCCAAAUACGCCCAAACGUCAAGCGCCCAGACCCACCUCGCGAGUGCGUUGAGCGUCCACACGAGUCCAAGCGUCCAAGUCAUCCCAAUUAGUCAACGGCAGACAACAGACAGCAAACCCCAAACACCCCAAGAAACAAAAAAAAACGACAAAAACAAAACAUAUUCAACAACAAACAAUGCAACAUUGUAAAAUUCUAGAAUAAGGCUUUGUGUGCGGCUCGAUUGCUUAGUUACUGUUGGCCCGGAAGUGAUAUUUAGAUGGGAGAGCAGGGAUAAAGGAUCAGGGAUCACGGAGCGAGAACUGAUAGCGAGAUGUGCUGGUAUAUUUCGAUUGAUUUUGUUGUCCUUAUUUGCGGUAGAGCAGUCGUCUGCGAGAAGUAGCUAAAUUUUCUUUUUUUACAAGUAUACAUAAUGAAAUCUAUACAUAUGCCAAGUACGCGUAAAUUAAACAAAUAUUUUGAUGUAUAUACACACACAUACGAUAUAUAUAUAAAUAUAUAUGUAUGCGUAGACUCGCUUUUCCACUAUCUACUCAAAAUGAAAUGACAAAGUAAACUUUGCUACCCACGGGAAAAAUAAUAAAGUGUAUAAAAUAUUUUCUAUACCCUAUGCAAAAAAGCAUAUACAGUCAAUACUCGAGCAGAAUCCACGGGAGUGGCCUACGAUACACAAAUUACUUGAAUCAUACCAAGCAGGGCAGAAAAAUAAGAUAUAUUGGGUACCCAUAUACAAUAAAUGAAAAGCUCAAGAGCGGAUCCAAUCGAUAUUACGCCCCGGGUGCAUUAGAAUAAACAUUUUUGUUGCUUUUUCCAUGCUCACGCUGAUCCUCUCCCUUGAAGAAAUACGGAGAAUAUUAAGGAAAACAUUUUCCAUAUGGCCUUUAAUUCAUUAGCGAUUGGUUACUGAAUGCUUCGUAGUUUUUGAUUUGAAUUUACUCGCAAACUCAAGUUUUGUUUGCUUUUUAUGCUGAGACUUUUUUUUCGUUUCUAACGAGCUUAUGCUGUUGAGCCCAGGCUCAAAAGUGAUUGCAAAUUGUACGAUAUAUGUUUACCGCUAUACCUACUAUUAAUAUUACUAUUUCAUUUGUAUCUAUUUAAUACCUAUCACUCUGUCUAUGACAUAACUUUAAUUGGUUAUUUAACUGCUGGAAGACAUCGUCUAAUUUAUAAGUCAAAUACUUUUCUAUCCUUAAUUGUAUAGCUAUUCUUAUUGUAUUAUGUACAAGCGGAAGAAACACAUAUUAUAGAUUUGCGGGAGAAUUUAUCACCAAAUGGAUAUGCGGGAGUAUAUUAUGUAUUAAACCGAAAAUAAAAAAUGUAUAAAAAUACAAAAAUCAAUAAAAAUAUUAAUAAACAAACAAAAAGUAUUACGAAAAUAAA